AAAGGAGCCCAUGCUCCUCCCUGAUCUUGCACAGUACUUCUAAGAGCUACUCCUUCUCGUCCCCAGAGGCCACGAUCCUUUUGGCCAGCACCAAGAAUUCUUGGUGCUGACCAAAAGGAGCGCGGCCUCUGGGGACGAGAAUGAGAGCUACUCUAACAUCUCUCCCAUCGUUAUUAGAUGAAAAUGUGCGUAUUGGGCUCAGGGCUGGGUAACCAUGACGUAUCCUCUUCACUCCAGACUCCAGUUUACUAUAAUGCCUUAUCAGUGUUAUUAUGCCUGGAUAUUUAUGACAGACAGGAAUUGUUUUCCAAUCAAGAGCAAUUUUCAGUCCAUCAUGGAAAAACUAUUGAUCCACCAAGAAAUGAGCAUAAAAUGAUGUAACAUCGAAAUUAAAUGGGGUUGAACCUGAUUACCAUACCCAUUGAACGCCACACCGCGCUCCGAGCGCUGACGGGAGCUUGAGAAUUUUCGGUUACGUAAUACAUGAAGUGUAUAGUGGGUCGCAAAGAACUGUGGUAUGAACAAGCAAGAUGGCGGGGAUUUCACCUGAUAGCGUGGAGCCCGUUUUGUUAUUUUGUGACACAUUUAGCCAUCCAGAAAAUGAGGAAAUGCAUCUUGACUUGGUGAGCUUUCCGAGACCAGUCUGUGUUCAAGAAGUAAGGGUGAUACCAGCAGGACACAGAGUACACGCUGCAGUCAGUGAAAGAGAGAAAAUGGGGGAGACUCAUCCACCUUCUUUUAAACUGGACUUAUUUAUUCGAAAUCUUGACAGACCUUCAGAUGUAGUGUUUGAAAGACUUGGACAACUAGAGUACAAAGAGCCAAAUAACUUCCAACUGGUUACGUAUUCCAAGGGUGCGACAGAUGUUGUUGUUCUGCGAGGAUGGUACAAUAGAAUCACUAUCAGCUUGUAUGGUUAUUUUACUGAUGUUAAUCAGCGUCCUCAAGAAUCUCGCCCUGAACCAAGAGUUGAGAGACCCCCAGUUAUUGUUGAAACAAGGGCACCUGAGAGAGACCCUGAAAGACUGGACAGAGAAUCUGAAAAAGCAGCUCAUGAAAGAAUCCCUGAGCAGGCUGAAAGAACUCAUGACAGAGGCCCAGAAAGGCCUAUGAGAAGAGAGAGGAGUGCCGAAAGAAGCACUUCUGAUUCAGGCCCUAUUGAGAGGGGUACAGAUGAAAGGGUUCCCGAGAGAUCUUCAGAAUCAAGGGACAGGCGAGAAGAGCCGUUGCCUUUAAGAGAAGAGAAGAGAGUUGGGAAAGACAAGGAAAGAACUCCUGUGAAGUCACCAUCAAAGCUGAAGUCUCCUCCAAGAUCUCCUGAAAGUGUCACUGCAACUAUUGGUGAGAGUACUGCUGCCAAGCCAACAACCCCUCCAGGGUCCCCAAGGGAGGAGGUAUGCAGUAGAUCAAUGUUUUUUCUGCUCAGUAGUAGAGCCAAACACUGUCUUUAUUAUGUACAUGUACUUAGUGAAUACUUAAUGCCCAACAUCAUUUACACCUUCAAGAUGGCGGGGAUUUCACCUGAUAGCGUGGAGCCCGUUUUGUUAUUUUGUGACACAUUUAGCCAUCCAGAAAAUGAGGAAAUGCAUCUUGACUUGGUGAGCUUUCCGAGACCAGUCUGUGUUCAAGAAGUAAGGGUGAUACCAGCAGGACACAGAGUACACGCUGCAGUCAGUGAAAGAGAGAAAAUGGGGGAGACUCAUCCACCUUCUUUUAAACUGGACUUAUUUAUUCGAAAUCUUGACAGACCUUCAGAUGUAGUGUUUGAAAGACUUGGACAACUAGAGUACAAAGAGCCAAAUAACUUCCAACUGGUUACGUAUUCCAAGGGUGCGACAGAUGUUGUUGUUCUGCGAGGAUGGUACAAUAGAAUCACUAUCAGCUUGUAUGGUUAUUUUACUGAUGUUAAUCAGCGUCCUCAAGAAUCUCGCCCUGAACCAAGAGUUGAGAGACCCCCAGUUAUUGUUGAAACAAGGGCACCUGAGAGAGACCCUGAAAGACUGGACAGAGAAUCUGAAAAAGCAGCUCAUGAAAGAAUCCCUGAGCAGGCUGAAAGAACUCAUGACAGAGGCCCAGAAAGGCCUAUGAGAAGAGAGAGGAGUGCCGAAAGAAGCACUUCUGAUUCAGGCCCUAUUGAGAGGGGUACAGAUGAAAGGGUUCCCGAGAGAUCUUCAGAAUCAAGGGACAGGCGAGAAGAGCCGUUGCCUUUAAGAGAAGAGAAGAGAGUUGGGAAAGACAAGGAAAGAACUCCUGUGAAGUCACCAUCAAAGCUGAAGUCUCCUCCAAGAUCUCCUGAAAGUGUCACUGCAACUAUUGGUGAGAGUACUGCUGCCAAGCCAACAACCCCUCCAGGGUCCCCAAGGGAGGAGCAACCAGCUGGUGAAGAAUCUGGAAACCAGUCUCCUGAUGAAUUGUUUGAGCCACUCACACCUGACCGAUCUCCAUCAAACUUGUUCAUGUCUGAUGAAGAGGAGGUUGACGAGCCAGAUGGUUAUGAAGAGAUCCUUAGUGAUGAAGAGGAUAUGGAUGAUGGAACUCUGGAGGAUGCUGAUGUGCAUUUUGGUGAUUUGGAUCUUUACAGUGAAGAUGCUUGGAUGUCAGUGUCUGUUAGUUUCAACCCUUACCAAUGUGACUUGUCACCCUUGACUACAUUUGCUGCACCUGAUUGCACUGAGUAUGAAAAGGCCAUAUUGAAAGCUAUAGAGGAUUCAGAUGUAGUAGAUGAUCAGGAAAUCAAUUUGGAUAUGGAUGAUGGAACUCUGGAGGAUGCUGAUGUGCAUUUUGGUGAUUUGGAUCUUUACAGUGAAGAUGCUUGGAUGUCAGUGUCUGUUAGUUUCAACCCUUACCAAUGUGACUUGUCACCCUUGACUACAUUUGCUGCACCUGAUUGCACUGAGUAUGAAAAGGCCAUAUUGAAAGCUAUAGAGGAUUCAGAUGUAGUAGAUGAUCAGGAAAUCAAUUUGGGGCAGACAUUGUUUGAACAUGUGGAGAUGUGCUGCACUUCAGAGAGGAAUAUAAAAUGGAUUGAGCAAAUAGAAGAAAUACCUAAACUUCUGAUUCCAGGGCUGGUAAUGCUUGUUACUCCCCCUGUUUUCACAGGAGUGAUGAGAAAGCUCAUUGAGUGGAUCAUGUAUUCCUUGGAUAUUGAGAUGGCUCAGAAACUUCCCAUAGCGGCUAAUAUUCGAUUGAUAAAGGCAGGACUCAAACUUGUUGGUGCAAUGUGUUCUUGUGGAUCAGAUGUUGCUUCAGUUCUCAUUGAAACUGGAGUGCAAGAGACUCUUGGUAAACUUCUGACUACAGAGCACAUGUCAUCUUCAAUGAAACUGCUAACCCUUCAAGCUAUCAACAACACCACAGAUUCUUAUGUUGGAAUGGAACAUUUUCUUGGAUGGGAUGCUGAUGACAAGGAGAAAGAAACUCCUGAGGGAACUGAAGUUAAACAAGAAUCCCAAAGUUACCAACAGCUUGUUGACUUUCUACUGGCAGAUCAGACUGUGCGUGUGGUAGAAGCUGCCUCUGCUUUGGCCCGUAAAGUCCACUUGUAUGAAUUAUUAGCACUUUUCCAGAAAACAGUUGACAAAAUUGUUGAAACUACUCCUAGUCCUAGACCUCCAGAUGCGGAAACUGAUUCUGCCGGCGAGGGAACUGACAGAAGGGAGACAACUGAUAUCAUGUCACCUGACCCUGACAUUGCCAUGGAUACAUCAGGGGUGGUCCCUGGAGAGCACGAUCAAAGUCUUGAUACUGAAAAGAUAGAGAUAAUAGCAAGCACUCUGGAGGAGAUUUGUACAUUCCUUAAUCAGGCCCAACACUUGAUAGUACAGUCUCCUGUGAAGGCAUUUCCCACCUCAGCCAAGAUCACAGGAUUUGACACCUCCCCCAAGGAUCCCUACCCAGUAUUGUUCCACCUCUUUAAGGCUCGUCGUCUGCUGGAAUCUAUUUUGAUUGUGAUGUCUUCAACAGCCGGAUGUCAUCCUUCAGUUUUUGCUCCCAUCAGAGACAUUUUCUUUUCAUUGCUGCAGUCACAGAGAGGGUUGCUGUUUCUGUCAUCACAUCCUGAUACAAUCAAUGGUCUAAUUCGUGUCCUUACUCAAACAACUGAAGCUGACAUUCACCACAGUGAUGCAGCUCCACUGAAUGAAAUCCUAAGAGACACUACAGUAGCAGACGCUUGUACUCCUCAACAUCUUGGACUUCUAUUGAUUUAUCAUUUACAGACUCUCCAAGCUGUAGAUCAGUUGCUGACUUCUCUAUCUCCAGGUUUGCUGCCAAAUGAUAUGGAUGGUGCAGACACUUUGUCUACUUUACAUACUCUCUACUCCAUGACUUUUACUGCAAUUGGUAAAGCUGCAGUGAUUUCUGUUCUCAGUCUGGACACUAAUCUUAGGUCCCUACUGCCAUUUGUGGAAUCCACAGGAGAUGCAAAAGAUGAUGCUAAAUUAAAGAAGUGUGUCUCCACAAGAUAUGCCACUGUGUUGAUUCUUUUAACAAUAAAAUUGUCCGAGAAUGUUGAAAUGUUAUCAAAACUGGCUCCAAGACUCUCAGCUGUCACUGCAAGAGUGGAUGCUGAUUCUUCAAUCACUGAACUGGGCCACUGGUUGGUCGCACUGAAGGACAUCAAGUUUGAUAUGUCAAGCAUCACCAAAUUAGUGGAAUUUGUGAAAAGCCAGUUAAGUGAGAUUAAUAACACUCCAAGCAUAGCCUGUGGAGUGUUGAUGGCUCUUAGAGUUCUCAGAUAUCUUGGCUGUCCAGCUGACAAUUCAAGUGUUGUUCAGAAAGAUUUGAACCAAAACCUAGCUUGUAUUGAGUUGUUCUCUGCAAAUGCCAUGGAUGUCUUCAUCAACACGUUUCAAAAACUCGGGGAGUUUCUUCUGCGGCCUUGGAGACAGGGACAACCCCUGCACACUGGUCCACCCCUAGUCAUGGUCUCCAUGGUAACACCUCUUCUGGCAUUGGUGAAAACUCUAUUGAUAGAGCUGCUAAACAGCGGAAAGUACCAGUUUAAAGAUGCAAGGCUUAUGAAAUCGCUGAUGGUACUUCACACAGUGAUGUGCACGGCUCCCAUGACAGGACAGCUAAGCAGUCUUGCCCACAAGGUGUGUGGAAAAACAUUUUGCCUUAUUUCUUAUUUACCUUUCCUAUUUGUUUUUCAACAGGCGUUUUUAGGAGGACUUGUUCUGCUGUCCGAACUGUUACCGAUACCAUUACCUAUUCGCUCUUUGGAGGACAUGUCUCAAGAAGAAGCGAACCAGGUGAUGAAUCACCGCCGGCUGUGGAGUGCACAUCUUAAUCCACUCAGUACUGAGUUACAGGGGAUUCUAAAGGAUCUAGCAGGAUCAGCGUGUCACAACCUUCAGCAAGUGAUGAGGAGAGUUUGUUCGCAGCUGUCAGACCUGUCUGCACCCACUGCCUUUAAUAUCGUCAGAACACUUCUGGAAACACUGGACAGCGAGAUGAAUAAAUCAAGUGGAGAAGAAAACAGCUGUACCGGGGGAGGGGUACGUAUCAUGACCCUGUUGGCUUAUUUGUCAUCCCAGCCAGCUGUAAAAGUGUCGCUUCUUCAACUUUUGAAAACAAGUGGGAAUGCUAAGAACGAUGACUUGUUGUUUCCCAGUCUCUUGCCGUCCAUGUUAUCAUGUUUGAAGGGCUCCUCGGAAAAUCAGCUGGUGUCCAGGUCUCAGUACUGUGUUGUGUCCAUCGUACAGUCCCUGUGUGAUCCCACAGUGAGCCUGAUGCCGUUUGAAACUCCAUUCACUGACCAACAUCUGGCCAAUACCCUGCCGGACAAGGAAAUGCUGGAAGUUAUCUGUGCAGCGUUGUUAGAACACAUAGGAUCAGAGCAGCAAUCAUUUGCCACCAUAUUGCUUGCUCUGAGAACCUUGUUGACUCUGACGGAACACAAUUACGGCGUCUAUCAUCAGAAAAUAGCGCUGGAGAAUAACAGUGAAGUGUUUUAUCGACUCCUUAAAAGACUAUCGUCCUCUUUUGAAAAUAGCAUUCCAGGCCCAGACCACCUGUCUACGCUAUCAACAACGAUUGAACUGUUGCAGCUGCUGCUACCCGAGGACUCUGCUGAGGUGAUUCCGGAUCAGGAAGAUGAACCCAUGGAAGAAGAACCCCUGAAACGAACCACUGAAAUCAGCAUCAGCGCUGUUCAGAUGAGAACCUUCCUUAAAUUCGAGAGUGAGGAUGGCCCCCUUAAAACUUUGGAGAAACGGCUCGAGGAAAGUUGUAAGGAGGAUGAAGCCCUGGAGCCGUUGUUAGAUGCGGUUCGAGUUUUGACAGUCAUGCUGCGUAAAACAGAAGGCGAGAGCGACAAAGAACCAGAGGAAGUCACUGAGCCGCAACUGCCAGCUCCACUUCCGCUUCAGACGCUGUUCAUCAAGAGACUGGCGUUCAUUGCUGGUGAAGUCGAGGAUGGGAGGGCUAGUCCAACAUUGUGGUACUCCACCCCUCCCCCGGAUGAUAUCGACCCGGAAGCUGAUCUGAUAAAAAGCAGCGUUGAUUCACUGACGGAGAAGUUCUGUCCCGACUUUGACCUCAAGGCCGAGUUGGAGAAGGGACUGGUGCCCUCUCCCCCAGGUUCCCCGACGCGCAAGAAAGGUUACAGGAACAAGAGGAAGUACGAUCCGUUGAUAUCUGGUCAGCGGAAGGAUUAUAAGAAAACUAAAACAGUUACCACAGCACCAAUGCGUGGCGGCGGCCGCGGGAUGAGAGGGAUUCCUCGUGGACGAGGCAAUCCACGCAUGAAUGACAUGUUCCGAUCACGUAAGCAAAACACGAGCCGUCCACCCUCCAUGCACGUGGACGACUUCAUGGCCAUGGAGCAUGCCAAGACCCAGGACUCGCCGCCACCUAUGAGGAGGACUGGUCCUAAGGGUCCUCCACCAGGUAGGUCGAUGGACCAUGGUCCAGGGAGCUUCAUGGGGAAUCAGGGCCGUUGGACCGCCAUGCCAGGGGGACCCCUUCGUAAAGGUCCUGGGAUGGAAAAUCAAGGAGGAAUGCGCGGUGCUGGGCCCGACUGGGUUAAUCCUCGGCAGCACCCAAUUGGAGCCUUCCCUGGACAAAGGAACUUCCAGAGAGGACCUGAUUGGGGAUCACAGACUCCACAGCCGUACAGAGGUGGAGGAGGAAUGAGAGAAAACUACAAUCGACCACAGAUGCGAGGAUACUGGGACGCGCCCAAAUCUAAAGACGACUCGAGGUUCAUGCCCCCACCGAACGUUGGAGGAUAUCGUCCAGGGGCAGGGAGAGGCUACCCAGGCAGACAUAUGAGGUCAUUCACACGCUAGUUCAAUAGUGCUUUCUGAUUGGUCGAUCGACGCACUGACUGAGAAACCCAGUUCUUUUGUGUUGUUAUUUGAGUUGAUGUGAAGAGAAGAGAACACCAAUACGAAGCUGCUUGUUUGUAGAACAGCAAAGAUUAAGUUUAUUGUACAAAUGAUAACAACACAAUGACAUGUAAUGUUGCAUUAAAUAGACUUAUCGAGCCAUUAAAAUAUUUGUGCCAAUAAAAUUCUGAAAAUUUCCCAUUAAAUUUACAAAGCGAAUGAUUCUGUUUACAUAAACUCCCUUUGAGCUUCAAGACUUUCUAGUAAGUUGCGUUGUUUGUGUUUAAUUUAGCCUUUUCCUGUCUUUUACUAAACGCUUAGAGCUGUACAGUCCUUCAAGAAACACUGAACCGUCUAAUAGGUCUGCAACAAUAAAACGUUUUCAUCCAGCGUGGUGUCGGAUGAAACUGUG